UAAUGUUAUAAAGAUGGGGUGUGCACAAACAUAGACUCAGUUGUGUUUGUGGUGCUCGACAAAACCAGGAUUAUUUUUUUGACAUAGUUUGUAGGAAAUUAAGAGAAACUAAAUUGUUUAGUCACCAUGUGGUACUUCCUGGCCCUUCUCCACUUGACCUUAGCUGAACCCAAAGGCUCGGGGUAUAGCAUUUUCCUCGAACACACGCCAAGUUGGGACAGGAGACCUUACGGUUACGGACCUGCGGCACCAGUGGCCUUUGACCCUUUCAACAAUAACAAUUUCUUGCCACAACCACAACCACAACCCCCAACACCCGAUCCGGCAACCUUAGGCUGUGGUACCCCACCAGCAGGGUGCCCCAAAUCGAGGUACCGCUCCUACGAUGGUUCCUGUAAUAAUUUAGGGAACCCAAUUUUGGGUACUCCACAGACACGAUACGCGAGGCUUCUACCGGCGAAUUACGCCGAUGGGGUGAGCACCCCCACAGCUUCAGUAACGGGAAAACCGCUCCCAGGCUCUCGAAUAGUCAGUCUUUUGAUUUAUCCCGAUGUACAAAUUGAAGAUCCCAAAUUUACAAUUAAUGCCAUGCAAUAUGGGCAAAUAAUCACCCAUGAUAUGAGCAUGAUUGCGGGAAGUACCCAAGCACAGCCCCAUCAGACCAAGUGUUGUACGGCCGAUGGUCAAUUGCUCGAGUUUGCCAACAUACCGGAACAUUGUUUCCCUAUAAUGUUGCCCAACGAUGACCCCGCUCACUCCCAGACGAAUGCAAAGUGCAUGAAUUUUGUAAGAACGAUCACUGAUCGUGAUCGCAACUGUGUUGGAGGCUCACAACCGGCUGAACAAUUAACUGCAGUUAACCAUUACUUGGACUUAUCGAUAGUUUACGGUAACAGCGACCAAAUCAACCAACAAGUCCGGCAAUUCCAAGGCGGAAGACUUAGAGUUGAAGUACGAGAUGGGAAAGAAUGGUUACCGAGGAGUACCAACGCUAGUGGCGUUUGUUCUAUUCAAAGCCCACAAGAAGUUUGCUAUUUAGCUGGGGACGCUCGAGUCAACCAAAACCCACAAUUGACAAUCCUUCAAAUCAUUCUUAUGAGAGAACACAAUCGAAUUGCUGACGCUUUGGCCAAAUUGAAUCCACAUUGGGACGACGAAACUAUUUUCCAGGAAGCUAGAAGAAUUGCAAUCGCCGAACACCAAUUUAUUUCCUACUAUGAAUGGUUGCCGAUUUUCAUUGGAAUUGAAAAUUCGCUCAAGAACAAAAUUAUCUAUUUGAGCAAACAUUUUAUCAACGAUUAUCGACAAGAAGUUGACCCGACGGUGCUUAACGAACACGCAACGGCCGCUUUCAGAUAUUUCCAUUCGCUAAUUGCAGGGCAUUUGGAUUUGGUAAACGAGCACCGCAGCAGCUACGGCAACUUGCGUCUCAGUGAUUGGUUUAACCGUCCUGCUAUUGUCGAACAGGGCGACAAUUUCGAUGAAUUGACUCGAGGUUUGGCCACUCAGCCGGAACUCGCUUCUGAUCCUUACCAUGACAGUGAGAUAACACAGUUUUUGUUCCGAGACGGACAACAAUUCGGUUCGGAUUUGAAAGCCAUUGAUAUCCAACGUAAUCGCGACCAUGGACUUGCCUCCUAUAACGAAUAUCGAGGUUUUUGUGGAUUGCCCAGAGCCCACAGUUUUGAAGAUUUCCUCGAUGUUAUGACACAAGACAAUGUGAAAAAAUUGGCGACACUGUACGAAAGUCCCGACGAUGUUGAUUUAACAGUUGGUGGUUCGUUGGAAGCCCAUGUUCCGGGUACUUUAUCAGGACCAACAUUCUUGUGUAUUCUGACUGAACAGUUCUAUAGAACUCGAGUUGGGGAUAGGUUUUGGUUCGAGAAUCAACACAACGGAUUCACUUUAGCACAAUUAAACGCAAUUCGUAAAACGAGCAUUUCGAGAUUAUUAUGCGACAAUGGCCAUCACAUCCAAGCCAUGCAACCAAGAGGCUUUGAAAGAAUAUCUCACGAUAAUCCGAUUACACCGUGCGAAAAUUUGCCAGCUGUUGAUCUCACUUUGUGGAAGGAAGUUCCGUUUGGUGUCGAACGUCCGUACGAUUUCGGGUCGGACUUUUCCGAUGAAUUCUUUUGGAAGAAGAAAUAAAUUGUUGUGAUUGUCUCAGACAAUUGUUUUGUGCCUAAAUAUUUUUAUUUGUUUUUAUUUGUACAUUUUCUAGUUAAGUUCAUGUUAAUACUAGGCUUUAUUUGAUAGAACUUCGAAAGUCGAAUAUUAUUUGCACUUUAAUUUAUGUUUUAUCUAAUUUUGUAUAUUUAUGACAGUAUUAAUAAAAAACUCUAUUUUCGUAAAA